AAUAAAAAACUGGAUUUACUCAACCUAUAAUAUAAAAAGUUGUGAUUAAAAAAUUCAUAGGUGUUUCAAUCAACUUAAAAAUCUAUCAAUUACAAAAUUCAAAUAAUCCAAGUUUCCCGGCUUAUCAAUAAUCGGAACCGGAAGUGCAGUGGAUGUGUUGGCAGAAGUGCAAAAUACAGUUUCACAAAAAUUCCAUCUGGAAAACAAAAUCUAGAAAUACUUUGAAGCAACACGGAAGCAAUUUUCGUCCAGUUUAGGAAAGAAUCUGGUCAAUUCUGGCUUGUUUUUCAGUUUGAGCUUAUAGAUAAGAUAACAGCCCCUCCAUUAAUUUCUCCACCAGCCUACAACAGGCAAGAGGCUCCCUCCCUUCCCAUAUAGCUCACCGGCUUUAUUCAUCGAUAAGCCGGCUUGGUGUUCAGUUCGUUCCUAACCUAACUUUUCUAGUCUACAAAUCUACAAUCUUUGUACGUUUAAUUAACAAUUUAAUUGUUACAUAAACCGUUUAUCUCGAACAUACAUUCCAUACAAACUCUAUUUGAAUACAGAUAAAGUGUAGAUAGUAAAUUUGGUGGGAAAAGAUAACAAAAGAACUUGGUUCUUAUUUUGUAACGGACCCAACAAUUCGUUUCAGAAGUCUCUCGACUGUACAUCAAGCACGUUAUCGAUUUGCUUUUAGCUAAUCUCUCAGUAUAUUCUAGUCAAAUUAACUGUUUUACGUGUGAAUAUUCGAAAUGGUUGAUCAAUUCCAAGGCAAGAAAUUCAAGCUGUCUACCAGCGAUAAGUUUGACGAAUACAUGAAGGCACUUGGCGUCGGCCUGCUGACCCGUAAGAUGGGCAACGCUGUGAGCCCGGUCAUUGAGCUGACCAAGAACGGGGACGAGUACACUCUGACCUCCAACUCGACGUUCAAGAACUCGGCCAUCACGUUCAAGCUGAACAAGGAGUUCGACGAGGAGACACCCGACGGCCGCCAUGUCAAGUCGCUCAUCACCCAGGAGGGCAACAAGCUCAUCCAUGUGCAGAAGGGCGACAAGGAGACCAAGAUCAUCCGCGAGUUCAAGCCCGAUGAGGUUGUCAUGACCCUGACCGUGGACGACAUUGUCUGCAAGCGAGUGUACAAGGCAGAGUCUUGAAUGGCCUGAUGCAGCUCGGAAUGCCUGGGAAUUUGCACCGCCACCCCUACCCCUACACCCCCCACCACAACUCCUACACCGCCCUCCCACCCCUACCACAACCCCAAGCGACGGCGUGUACGCUACAAGGCCAAAGUCUUGUACAUUGUCUGAUUUUCCCAAUUUAACACCCACGCGGUCAUUCCUCAGGUAUCUGAGCACAGCCAAAUAUCUUCCAUUUUGAACUGAAUGUUUCCUAAAAUUGUCUUUUUUUUGUUACCCCAUGUAUUUGUGUUUAGUUUUUCUGUCACCGAUUAAUGUGAUUCACGUUUCUGAUAGUUAUCUCCAUUUUCGUAGUAGUUGUGCUAUCUUUUGCUCCCAUCCGUAUUGGCUAAUCUAUAUUAUGAAAUAAACAACAUUUGGAUGAAUUUUUUGUAUACGUUGCUUAAUGUAUAUUUAUAAGCAUUAUAAUAAACAAAGUGUUUGUAUA